AAAUUAUAUCAGCUGCGCUAUAUACAAGCCAUUUUACUGGCUUUUAAAUUUUGAGAGAAUUUUCGUUGAGGUCAGAAAUCAAUUGCCUACUUUACCAGAGUGAUGAACACGAGUUUAAACGCAGAGUCCACAGAAUGGACGCGUCAUGGAAAUCUCUCAUGCUACUACCUGACUCGAUUUUUAGUCUAUAGUCAAGAUGCGUUGAAAUUGCCUUUUAUCCUAAAUUGUGUGCUCAAUGCAGUUUUGUCAGUUACAGCGAUCGUUGGAAAUUCAGCGAUUCUCUGGGCGUUGACCAAAUCGUCUUCGACGCUUCGCUCCCCAUCAAAGGCUCUUCUCUUCAGCUUAGCAAUGUCUGACCUCGGAGUUGGCGCCCUUGUUCAACCGCUUUAUAUCACUUACAAAGCAGCCGAAGUGAACGAUAACUUUCGAAUGUUUUGUGUUGCUGGGAUUGGCUUCCAUUUGUCUGCGAAUGUGUUUUCGGCCGUGUCUUUUUUAACUGUGACUGCGAUCGCUAUCGACAGACUACUGGCGCUCCAUUUAAAAAAGGGUUACAACGCAGCCAUUUCUCUGAGACGUGUUGCCAUUUUACUGCUCCUUCUUUGGUCAGCAACAAGCUUAUGGGUCAUUGCCUGGAUCAUGAGUAUCAAGAUCUAUCAAAUCUUCAAUAUUGCAAGCGUGUUUGUCUGUCUCUUGAUAUGCGCUUCGGCUUAUGUCACCCUUCAAACUCGUCUGCGCAUGCUACAGAACUCCAUGAUCGCCUCACGUUUCCAAACUCAGGACACUGAAUCACAAGUUAUUUUUCAUGUGAAAGAAAAUACACCCCAUCUUCAGCUUUAUCGACGAUCCGUGGUCACAAUGUUUUAUAUCUACAUUCUGUUAAUUCUCUGUUACGUUCCAUAUUUGUCGAUGUUCAUUGUUAUAGAAGUAACGGGGAGAGAUUCAGUGAAGAUCGCGUGUUUGAGCUUUGCAAUGACAGUGUUGUUCGCAAAUGCAUCAUUAAACCCUUUUCUUUACUGUUGGAGAAUUCAAGAGAUUCGCCGAGAAAUUUCAAAAGCAGCGAAGAAUAUUUUUUGUCGAAAAUGAGCCGAAAUAAAAGUCAAGGUCUAUGAGGAAAAAACUCAAAACUCAGCUUUGAUGAAUGUAAAUGUUCACCAGUCAUUCAGCCCCCGAGGGUCAUUAAUGACAGCUAGAAUGAUAUGAGUGUUUGCAAUCAACAUUUCAGAAUAUUUCAAACCUGAGUUGGUUUUUCUCUCAAAUUAAAUUUUAAUUUCUUUUAAAUGUUUUUGACAAAUGUGGGAUGAGUGUGAAUUUCUUUAAACUUUAUGUGAACGGAAUUUAAUAAAUUUUACGUCGUAUCUGUAAAUAAGUAAUUUCUUCGAAACCUGUGAGAUUUUUUAUCACACAUGCUGAUAGUUUGACAUUAGGUUAAAAAGGUUCAGCGAAAAACCAUGGCCACAAAUCAGUAAUAGUUACAUGUAGCACUAUAGAAUUGAAAAAAGUAAUCGCUGGUCGUUUGGAUCGAGCGGUCGGUUACUCGAAAGACUGGGUUGACAAAAGCUGACUUUUCCCUUAUUUUAUCACUUUCUGUUGUUGUCGUUGUUUUUGUUGGCUUGGUGAACAGAAAGAAGAGAAGAAUAACCUGUAAUAUUCUACUUAAGAAUAUUCCAACUAAUUAGAUCUCAAGCCCGCUUAUGUUUACCAAGCCCGCGAGUUGGGAUGAAA